UACGUAAGCCUUCCAUUCUGUGAAGAAGUGUGCGCGAGCGCGAAAAUACACAAGUUACGCAUGUGUAUUUCGUAUCGUGUGAACAAGUUUCCUUUCACGACUUGUCUUAUGCGGACGCAUCUUUUAAUUCUAACGCGAAACUCAAUCCAGCAUUUUACGUAUUUCGAAGGAAAACGCGAAUGAAAUAGUUUAAAAACUGCAUUCUAUUAUCGACAAGGACGAAAUUUUCCGUUACCGAUCAUAUAUAUUAUUGCAACAAGUCUUCGAAGCUGUUGACAUGUCACUAUUCGCAUGUUGCAUACGUCGGAAUCAACCACAAAUGGAUGACACCCGUCAACAGGCAUUGUUGAAGGAACCACCGGAAAUAUCGUGGGAGAAUACGCUUGGGGCACCGGAUGGUGUUCCUUUUGAUGACGACACGAAGGAACUUCUCAGAAGAUGUAUCGACGUGUCGACAUCAACACCUACGACCCUGACACAAAUCAUGAAACGAAGCGAGGCCUUUCCUAUAAAUUUUCCAAUUAACACCGUAAGAUGUUCUGCUCUGAAAGAAAGAGGAAUUAGCACAAACAUCCUCGAGAUGAACGCGAAUUCGGUUUACCCUUUGAUACAUGAGGCGAUGUUACCAUUGCUGGCUCGAUGGUUAAAACACAAACGAUUAUAUGGCAGUGCAAUCGAGAGGGCCAUGUAUAAGGAUAUGGGUUUGGUGCAAUUUAUUCAUCGUUUACUGGAGAAGAGAGCUGUACAUUUUUAUGAGCCUGUCGAUUCGUGGAAAUUAAUCGAUGGCAAAACAGGAGUGAAUGGAUGGGAGAACGUUGGAACGGAUCAAGAAAAAGAACCUUUGGUAUUAACGAAAUGUUUAUCGUACGACGAGAUCAAAUUAUCCGCGAUGAUGGCGAUGUCCUCCCACACAGAAUUCAUAAACAACGGUUCACGAGACAAUGAAGGCGUCGUGAGUACCGAUCCAGACUCUGUACAGCCGAGAGGAGUCAUUAUAGGUGUCGUGGGAUCAAGAUUUGAACGACCAACCGUUAUGGAAUAUCAAGACAUUCUUAUUACUCCUCAACAAAACACUGUCGACAAUGGAUAUGGAUCACAAACAAGUGGAAGCUCGGAAGAAAAGCAUGAACUGCGCGUUUUAUGGGCGAAAUUCUAUGGUGAAGAAUACCAUCCGCUCUACGAGGAAGCGGUGAAGCGACUCAAAGCAAAAGACAACAAAAGAUAUCUUUCAAUAAAUAAUCAAACAAUUUUUGACAUCGAAAAUUAUAUGAAAAGAACACUGCUCACUGUAGAAAUCAUACUUCUCGAAGCAAACACACGAGCAGAGAAGCAAAACACAACUGCUUUCUUGCACGUCGUAGGUUUUGGUCUGGGUAUAUGGAAGGUAAUCCAAGAUCAAGAGAUAUAUUUCCUAAAGACAUUCGAGAUUGCUCUCAGAAAGAUGAAUAAGAAACUGAGAUAUGUAUCGGACAUAAUGUUCGCGUAUUUCCAUCAGCAAAAGUGCGGCGACGCUGAAAACGGCGACUAUCUCGGAGGUUUGUCGAGAGGACAUUUAACAUGUUCAUUUAACAGAGACAAUCGUUACAAAUCGACACGUUAUCUUUCAGAUAUAAAGAUACACUUCGCUCUCAGAGAACCUCACAGCAAACUGACCAGACCCUCGGACACGAACAAACUUCUCGUGGUUACAUACGCAUGGGAUGGAAACGCGUUACCAGGAAACGAAUUCUGGGCUAGAAAAUUAUCAUCUAACGGGAACACUGCAACAGCGUGCAGUACACAAGUCGCGGAAUUACACACAUUCAGGAUAAAUCCUCGAGCAUGCGGAGCCAGCUUGCACAUUGCAUCUGCCCAGCAUGGUAUUUUGCACAUAUCGGAUUACGCAAAGUUACAUCUUGCUUAGGAAAGGGCUGGCCCAUUGGGCACCAGUCAACGAAGACCAUCUCGAUCUCCUCGUAGCCAAAGAAGUCGUAGUGCAGAUGUAGAUUGCUUGAAGAAAUACACGGAGAGACGUGUCGAGGAAAGAAGGCACACAGAGAUACCUGACACGAGCAAACUCGAUCCCUCCAGAUGGAUUCCACUGCCGAAAAAUAUUACACGUAUCCAACCGGCAUUAAAGAAAUCACCACAGCCAUCGAGAGACGAAGAGAAACGACGUUCGGUAUCGAGCGAAGCUGAGGAAAUCGUAACGGAUAUCGGUAGAAAAACGAGCGAGGGCACACUUCCAAAGAAAUUAUCUCCUACGAAGGAGGAAGAAUCGACGAAGGGCUCCGAAGGGCAGAAAAACGAUACGCCAAUCACGUGCAGGCAGACGGCCGGCAGGAGUCAUAGCGCGGACGUCACCCAUAUAAAGAAAGAGAAACUGGUCGAGGAACGAAGGAAUACGGAAUGCAGCGACCCCAGAACGAUCGCGACGAGGUUGACAGAGCACAUUUUCCUAGUCAAAAAGAAACCGAUGCCAUGAAUGAAUUCGAUUUAAUAUCGCGUACACUCGUGAUAAGUACCGAAAACGUUGCACUAACUGUAAUAAUAAUCGAUCACUAGAGAUUAACUAUGUCGUCUAUGCAAAUUAUAUGUAAAUAGAAUAAUAAUAAUUCGAUGUUGGUCAUUGUGUGGAUAGAAAUGUAUAUGGUACAAUGCCAAGACAAAACGCAGUUUUCGUUUGUUCGGUAAAUAUAACGUAUAAAAUAUAUAUAUAUAUAUAUAUAUUAAAAAAAAAGCAAUAAA